AUGCCGGCAUGCCUGGCUGCCGGCUUCGACGCAUGCGAUUCCGCCAUCGCGGAAGCUUCCGUGCUGCUCCAGGCACAUGUGGAGUUCGAGCCACUCGGCUUCCACAAGGAGCUCGGGCUGAUGAGGUGGCGGCCGGACACGGAGGCUAACCACACGGCGAGUCUGCUUGAGAUGGCAGGUCUCGCCGCCCUCCGCAUGCAACAGAGGAUAGGACUCUGCGAAGACUCGACGAAGAGCUGCCUUUGUGUCCCAACCUGGGCGCUCAUCACUGGCAUCUCCUUUGUGGUCAUUGCAGUGUUCUAUUUGGUGAACUUCUACCUCUGGAGUCGCCGAAGGCGCCUGCAGCGCCUUCACAACCUCGAGGCUACGAAGGAGCUUUCUGAGCAUGGGAACUUGCUAGGAGGCCUCGUGGAGAGUUUCGUGGAGAAGUUCGACCAGAGCUUUCUCGGCGUGGAAACCGAUUUCGGCGCCGUCAAGGUGAUCGUCCAUGAGGGCGUCAUCGAAGUUCACGACCUGACGAUCUACAAUCCUCCCGGCUACUGGUCGGACUACUUUCUGCACAUCGGCCGCACCUUGGUCGACAUCGACAUGGCCACCUACAUUGCAUCCUUCGGCAAGCAUGUGGUCAUUGAGAAGGUGCAGCUGCAGGAUGUCGACGUCAUUUGGGAGCGCGGCUUCUUUGCCUCCAAUCUCCUGGAUCUGCAGAACCUGAGUAGCGACCAGGGCACCGGUGCCAGCAGCCCUGCAGCCGACGGUGCAGAGGACUCCGGAGUGACGACAACACUGCGGAAUGUGGAGGUUGAAGACAUCACCUUGAAGUUUGCCUCGUACCUGCUCGCGGGCUGCGGGCCGCGUGCUAUGGCUCCAGACAUCCAUUACGACAACUUCGAGGAAGCGAUGGAGGCAUCAGCUACGACCUCGUCGUUGAUUCCAAUGCUCAUCCUGACCUUAGUGGAGAGCGUGCUUGCAAGUCUGCUGGGGAGGCAAGCCACGCAGGCGAUCUUGUCUGCGACUUCUGGUGUGGCCAGAUUGGCCACGGACGCGAUCUACCACUUAGCGGCGCUGUUGGCUUAUUGUUUCGAAAAUGUCUUCUGCCGCUGCUGCCGCGGCCGAGAGCCUUCUGCCAUCCGCGAGAGGAAGAGCUCUGCGAAACUGGAGGACAAGCGAGGGCAAAGCGAGGCUGCAGCGCGCCGGCGGCAGCUCUUGGGGUGCUUCUCAGGCUGCUUACCCGGACAAUCCUUGCUGCACAGCGGCCGGUGA